UUGGGGGACCAAUCAAGUUUGGGGGGCGAAGGAGGAAGGGAAGGAGCGAAGGCGCCGGGGCUGGAGGGUGGGAGGGCGCGGUCCAAGGGGGAGGGGGGCCAAGUCACCAGGGCCGAAGUCCAAGCUCGGGGGGGGCGGGGGAGGGGGGCACGGUCUCGGGGAGGACGGGAUACAAGCGAUGGGGGAAGGAUGGCUCAGAGCGAGGCCAGUCGGGAUCGGGGGAACCGUCAAAGUCGGGUGACGGAAUGGAAGAGUUUUGACGGGGGGAAUGAAGUAGAGAGGGGGGGGAUGAGGAGCGGGAUGCGGUCAGGGAUCAGGGGAGGUGGAGGAAUACAACUGUCGGGGGAUGACCAGACAAGAUCGGGGGGCGGCGAGGGAGAGGAGGAGCUGACAGGAUACGAGCGAUGGGGGAUGGCUCAGAUGCGAAGGCUGCCGUCGAAGACGAUGGACAAAAGGGGGAUAUUGACGCGAAGACUCCAGAGCCGGAGUCGGAGAGGUGGGGGAGGGAGGGCGCAGAUAGGGACUGAGGAAACAGACAGGGAGGCGACGUCGGGGAGGGAGAGCGCAGAUAGGGACCGAGGAAACAGACAGGAAAGCGACGUCAGAGGAGGGGAUGGAGGUAAGUACAGGGGAAGCGAGGGAAGGCAGGAUGAGCAGAGUUCGGGGAGGGCAGGAUACGAGAUGGAAGAUGAGCCAGUCGAGAUCGAGGGAGAGAGGGAGGUGGCGUCGGAAGGGGGGAUGUGUGGUCAGGGAUCAAGGGAGGGGGAGGGAGGUUGGUCGAGAUGGGGGGGGGGGGGGGGGGGCGGGACUCGGGGAGGACGGGAUACAAGCGAUGGGGGAAGGAUGGCUCAGAGGCGAAGCCAGUCGGGAUCGGGGGAGCCGUUGAAGUCGGGUGACGAAAUGGAAGAGUUUUGACGGGGGGAACGAAGUAGAGAGGGGGGGGAUGAGGAGCGGGAUGCGGUCAGGGAUCAGGGGAGGAGGAGGAAUACAACUGUCGCGGGAUGAUCAAACGAGGUUAG